AUGAUUGGUCAUCCGUUCCACCUUAUAUCACACAUGAAAGCAACGGGAUGGCAAGUUACUGGGGAUGAGUUCAAAAUAAGACUAACGUUCAAAAACCCUGACCUUCACAAGUUUAUCACUUUUAGAGCAGAAGAUCUUUACGGACAGCUCAUACUUCACUUGGAUGGUGACAAAACCAUUUCAGUUAUGCCUAGAACUGACUGCUCGGAAUAUAUUAACGUUCAAGUAACUGGUGUACCAGCCCCACCUCCAGCCCCACCUCCAGCCCCACCUCCAGCCCCACCUCCAGCUCCGGUUUCGUUACCACUACCUCCUCCUCCUCCUCCUCCUCCUCCUCUUCCCACAAAAAUAACACCUCAUAUACACAUUCACAUUCACCCUCAUCCUCAACAUUUUACGCCACCAACAAAACCGACUCACGCGCCACCUCCCCCACCACCGGCAACACCAGAACCGUCUCCUCCUUCAAUAAAGCCAACAAAACCACCACCUCCUCCUUCCCCCCCUCCGCCAACCUCGCCAUCACCCUCUAUCAUAACAACGAAGCUUCCCGUUACUUUUUCACCAUGUACUCCUGGAGUUCCGGGGACAACUUUGUCGACCAUUCGCCCAUGUUCCCCAACAACACCUCGUACCACUAAACCACUAACUACCAUUCUUCCACCAUGCCCACCUUCUCCUGGCCCAUUACCUCCUGGGCCUCCUACAUGUAAGCCUAAACCUAGCCCUCCUGUUAUUCCCCCAUGUUUUCCAGGAUCUCCACCACCGUGCACUCCUCAUCCUGUCCCACCUCCCAGUCCCCCGCCUGUUCUUUCACCCCCAUGCUCACCACCGGGUAGCCCACAAACGCCUGGAGCCCCACCUCCGUGCGUGUCACCCCCGUCACCUAAAAGUACGCCUCCACCGAUUGUAUCAGUUACUUUACCAACACUUCCUCCAAUAACAACGCUUCCUACACUUACUGGUGAGCAGCAUUUUGUCAUCUUGAAAGAUGUUAACUUGUUUAAUCAUUGAAAGGUACAAAUAAAACAUUUUAAAUUCUAAUAACUUUGCAUUGAUUUCAGGGUCAGUGACAAUUCAAGGUAAGUUUGUUUCUUCACAAAGUCACAUAAAUUCAAUUUAGACUUAAAAUACAAAAUUCAAUGCUUCUCGUAAAUCUCAACAUACAG